AUGACGCUCACCACAUUAGAUCUUGCAAAGAAUGAAAUCGGAGAUGAAGGAGCACAAUAUCUUGCCAACAUUCUCGCCAACAACACGACACUCACCACACUCAACCUAGAGUGGAACGGAAUCGGAGAUGAAGGGGCACGACAUCUUGCGAAUGCUCUCACCAAAAACACGACGCUCAGCACACUAAACCUUGAGUAUAGCCAAAUCGGAGACGAAGGGGCACAACAUCUUGCCAAUGCUCUCUCUGCGAACACGACACUUGUCACACUUCACCUUCUGGGUAAUCGAAUUGGAGAACAAGGAGGAGGCGACAUGAUGAAAACUCUGUUAACAAACGGCACUAUAAAUUUGUUAUGGUGA